AAAGAAGACUUCAAAAGCCAAUUGUAGACUUGUUAAUUAAUCUUUGUAAGUAUAAAUUUAAAUUUAAAUUAAAAUUGAAAUUAUAACAAUGAUUAGACAAAUUACAUUUUCAAAAGCUUUAGUUAAUGGUGCAAAGCAUCAAUAUUUAACAACUAAUCCUUUAAUUCCUAUUGCAACCAAGUCAAUUGUCAAUGUUAGACAAUAUUCUAUUUUGGAUACUGCCAAGGGAGCAUUAGAUAAAUUAAAUAAAGGUGCAGGGAAGCUUGCUGCUGAUGGACUUGAUAUUACUGAGAAGGCUACAAAAUCUACUGGAGAGGGAGUUAAUGAAGUAAACAAGAAGACAGCUGAAACUCUACAAAAAGUUAAUAAAAAGACUGGUAAGGUAUUAGCUGACGGCAUUGAAGUCAUUGAAGAAGCCAGUGAGAGGAUUAAGGAUGCUAAAGAUCAAACAUUUGGUAAGCCUGAACAUAAAGAAGCAAGAAAGAGAGUUAAAGAGCAUCAUAAAGGUUACAAAGAUCUUCAAGAUAAAGGUAGAAAGACAGAGAGUGAACAAAAUCGUCCAGAUGAUGCAGUUUAAGAUUUUCAAUUAGCUCUUGACGUAAAACAAUAUUAGUGAUUAUAUAUAUAACCAAUAUAAAACUACAUUUAUUAAAGUAGAGUAGAUAUUUUUUACUUAUUUUUGAAAUAAAACUGU